UUGAACAGAUGCAAGUUCCGCGAGCACAAGAACUAGCAUUAGUGACGGUUUACUAAGCAUCGGGAAUAAUAAUGACGACAAAGUACAACUAUCAACUCUUCUAGAAGCAUUUGGGGAAGAACAAGAACAAGAGAAGUCUCCUCAAACUGAAACACUACUGAUAGUACAAGUUGAUCAGAAGAAAUGUACAACUUGCAACAGCACAAGGCCGACAAGUUUGUGGAAAACUAGAAACUUCCUCUAUUCAGAGCUCAUCGAUGCCACAAACCGAUUUUCAUCUGAAACUUUGAUCUAUCGAGGUGAAAACGAAGCCGUUUUUUAUGGAACCUUGAAAGACACUAAACUCAAUGUCAUCGUUAAAGAACAAAAAGAUGUUAGAAAAUACAAGUCGGAAAUGCAAGCACUUGAAAAAACAAGAAACGAGAAUGUGAUCAUGUUGUUAGGAACUUGUUUAGAGAAAAACGUGAGACUACUUGUCUUCGAAUUCGCAUGCAAUGGUUCACUUGAUCAACAUUUGUCACAUCAAAGCGCUAGACCAUUAACGUGGGGUGAAAGGAUAAAAAUUGCAAUUGGUGCAUCUAAAGGGUUGUGUCAUUUACAUGAGAAUAACAUAAUCCAUGGUGAUGUAAGGCCGAAGAACAUAUUCUUGACACAUGACUUUGAACCUCUAAUUGCAGGGUUUGGGCUAGCAAGAAUGGAAAAAGAGCCACAAAAUGAUCACUUUAUAAUAGGUACAUUCGGUUACGUGGCACCAGAAUAUACAGAAAGAGGAAAAGCCACUAGGAAAACAGAUGUUUUUGCAUUUGGAGUCGUUUUAUUGGAGCUUAUUACAGGUCGAAGUCCCACAGAUACACGACUCAAAGGCCAAAAUUUUCUAAAUUGGGUAUCUUUUAUUCAUAUUAAAUGUUAUUUUUGUUGUAAUAUGCAACUAAAAAUUGUAAAAAAUAUCAUGCUUUAUUAAUUUGUACGUUAUUCUAUGCUUCAGGCUAUUCCACUUGUAACAGAAAGGAAAUAUUCUGAGUUGAUUGAUCCUGGA